AUGCUAAGGGCUGAAGCUUCCACUUUUCUGCCUUCGGUCUCCAAGAACGUUAAUGACCUUUGGAAUGACAUCCGAGUGAAAAAUCCUAAAGUCCAUUGGCAUUCAUUGCUUUGGUUUCCUCUUCUUAUUCCCAAAUACAGUCUCAUUGCGUGGAUGGCUUUCCUCGACAGACUUCCUACAAAUGAGAGACUUCACAGAAUGAGUAUUGUUCAAGACUGCCAAUGCAUUAUUUGUGGUGCUGGUAUGGAAACCAGAAACCAUCUAUUUUACGAGUGCCCUGUUGCCACUGCAAUAUGGACGAAAAUCUACUCCCUUAAUGGUCUUCGGCUUAGUCACUCCACUUGGACUGCUCACUUUGAUUGGGCAGUGGAUAAUUGGAAGGGUAAAUCCCUUCUUACUUCUAUUAUGAAAAUCGCUUCUAAUGCGUUGAUCUACAUUAUCUGGAAAGAAAGAAAUAGGACUUUUCCAAUCUCAUGCAUCUACUGUUGA